UAUUAGCGGAAGCGGGAUAUCCAAAAUCAAAAUAUAUAAGACAAGUUGACAAAUAGUAAAACAAAAGGAUGACGAUUUCGGCUUCACAGACUCAGGGUGAUUUGGAGACACGGUUUUCUCAAUUAAUACAACCCAUUAGAGAUCUGACCAAAAACUGGGAUGUAAAUAUAGCUGAGCAACUGGAAGAUUAUUUGUCUGAGCUAGAGAAGGUGACAAUAACCUUUGAUGGAGGGUUGACAACAAUGAACUUUGCUGAAGCAGCUAUGGUAAUUCAAGGUUCAGCUUGUGUUUACAGUAAAAAGGUUGAAUAUUUAUAUACCUUAGUAUAUCAGACUUUAGACCUCCUUGCAAAUAAAAAAAAACAGAAACAAGGAAAUGAAGAUGGUAACAACAAUGACGAUGAUCAGGGGGACAAUGAAGGUGAAGAUGAAGAGUUUCUCACACUGGAUGACAUACAAGAACACAAGAAUAUUGUUUUGAAAGAAGAAAGUGAAGAUAAGUCCAUACCACCUAUACCACAGAUGCCUCUAUCCUUAAUUCCAUUUGAUGACUGUGAUAAGGGAGAUAAACCACUUCUUAGUAAAUCAGGAGAAGUGUUAGCCAGUAGAAAUGACUUCAAGAUGAACACAUGUUCUGUUCACACGACGGGAACUUUACUCCUGGAUAUGACCCACUUAGCACUCCUGGAAAAAUCAUUACAGAUGUCUUUUACUACACAUGAAUCGAUGCACAUUGAUCCACAUCUUACAGACUCGGAACCAAAUGCUAUACCAAACAAUGUAGACCAAGCGAACAUGUCAGUUGAUCAUGAGGAUAAUGAUAAUGCAUUUGAACCACCUCUGCUUGAAGAUGUUAUGGACAUGCCACAGUCAGAUGAUAACAAUAUAGACAUGCCACCAACAGAUGAAGUAGAUGGUGGUCCACCUGUUGAAGAAGUUCACCAAAAUGCCAUGGAAACUGGGGAUGCUACUACAGAGGAUAUUGUUGAGUUGAAAAGAUCGAGUAGAAAUAAACAAGUCAAGAUUAUACCUCCUAAACAGAAUGUUAACUUAUGGGAGCCAAUAGAACCUCAUGAUGCUGGUAAAAUAGUAGAAAGACCUUUCAAAAAAGGUACAUCUUUUUUGAGAAUACCAGCAUGUUUAGAAGAUCCUACAAGUAAGAAGAGGAAGCGCCAUCCUGCUCCUCCUAAAGAACUACCUCUAACAGAGUUCAUUAUGCAACAGAAUUCACAAAGAUCAAAGUUUCCAAAGAACAAGCUGAAAUGUCCAACAUUUCCAGAGUUUGAACAGAAAUAUUAUGAAGAAUACAAGAGAAGAUUAUCAAUACAUAAAAAUGAAAGAAAAAUGAGGACAUUGGUACAAGAAGAUGUUGAAGAAGAAGAAGAAGAAGAAGAUGAUGUUGAGAAUAUGAUAGAUGAUCCUGGCGAUGAAGGGCUAGGAUUUGAUGCAGGAGACAAUGUAGACUUAGACGAGUCACCAUUGAUAGAUGAUAAACUAUUCCAAGCCAUGGAAUUAGCUAUGGAGUCACACCAUGCUGGAUUUGAAGUUUCAAGAAGAAUGAGUGAGGCCCAAGUAAUUGACAAGUCCACAGUUAUAAGUGAUUAUGAAGAGCUGGUCCGACAGCAUGUGGACCAGUAUUUAGCCAGUGCCCAAGAAUAUGCUCAGAUAACAGAAUUAUCACAGAGAGUCUCCGAGUGGGAAGACAAAGUCUUACCUAAACUAGCAGAAGAGGAUGAGAGACCACCAUUUGAUAUCAAUAUCUAUGGAACUUUUAUUAUAGAAAACUUGGAGAAAAAGAAAACCAAACCAUUCACACAAAUUGUUAAACAUAAACAAACAUACGAUGUUUGUCGGACAUUUUUAGCAUCAUUGAUGCUGGCUAAUACGUCAAAUGUAAAGAUUCACCAGGUUGGAAAUUUUGAAGAAGGCAUAGACAAAUAUGAAUUAGAAUUAUUAAGUACUGUCAGACAUUUUGAACAGUUGGAAGAGUAUCAAGCACCAUCUAUAGUCAGUUCAUGAUAGAAUUUACUAUUUUUUUUUUAAAUUUUGCAUGAAUUUUAUGAAGAACUAUUAAGACAGAUUUUUUAUGUAUAAAAUUUUUUUUUAAACAAAGAUAGACCAUUUUACAGAUAUCCCAUAUAAAAUAUUGCCUCUUAAGUAUAAAUCUAUCAUCGCUAGGAGUUUAUUUUUUUGUACAGCCAAUUAAAUUAAUCAAUGAAUGACUGGUUUUCAAGGAGAAAUUUAAUGUUCCCUUAGAAUGAACUCCACAGAGCCCAAUAGUUAAUGUAUUUCUUCAAUGGGCAAUUACCUUUUGAAAAAUUCCAGUGGCCGGGUAAACACCAUCUGAUAUUAGGGAAAGUUUAAUUUCCUUCAUAAUAAUUGAUUCUGAAAGAAAAAAGGGGAAAAAAAUUAUCCACACCAAAUCAUUUAACAACUUUAAUGACAAUGUUAAAUUAACUAAUAGGAAUGUGCAGACAAUAUAAAAAAAACUUGUCUCUUUCAUUUCACUUCACAUGCUUCAUGAUUAUACGUUGAUUUUUUACCAAGGUCACAUUCUGUAGACUUCGGCACAUAAACCUGAAAGUUAAUUAGCUGCCAAAAUUUUCUACCAACAAUCAAUGAAUGAAAUAAUUUUUGUCGAUUAUUGAAACAGAUUUUUGAUAGUAUAAAAUAUAAAAUAAUUCCACAGAGGUCCUAGUUAAGUAUAUAUUCAUGCAUUGGUUUAAUAAGUUCCUUAACAUUAUAAUUACCAUAAAUUUGUUUCAUAUGACUUAAACCUUUACUGUGUGGUAAAUUGAUGUAUAAAAUGGAAAAAAAGGUCAAAUGAAGGUAUGAAUUACUUUGUAUGGAUAAGGGAGCUACCAUUUGAUUUUUAUGGGGGCCUAGGAUGAAAAAUUUUGUCCUGCAUUUUUUUUUAGUUUUUAUCUCUGUCCUGCCUUUUUAUUUUUCACUCUAUUCGGUCCUGCCUUUUUUUUUUUAAAGUUUAUCCUGACUUUUUUUACCAAAAUUGUCAUCCUGUCUUUUUUUUUUGCAAGUGUCUCAUCCUGCCUUUUUUUUACUCAAAACUCCUGUCCUGCCUAUUUUUUUCAAAUUUCAUCCUAGCCCCCCCCCCAUAAAAAUCCAAUGGUAGCUCCCUAAUAAACAUCUUUCAUUUGAUACUGCCACUUUUUGACAGUAAGUUUUAAUGUUAUUAUAUGUUAUAAAAGUCACAUUUGCAGUAAUGUUGCUUCAACAUCAUAGACAAAGGUAGUGAAAAUCUGUUGUUUGCCAUCAACAAAGAUAUUUGUUGAGAAAUUGUGUAUUUUUUCCAUAGAGAUGUGACUUUAAAUGAAAACUCAAUGAUAUUGUUUAUGUAUGAUAAGAAAGAUAGAGAAGCAGAUAUAGAUCUUAUUUAAAUAUAGAAAUGCAGACCUUUGAGAUGAAUUCAGAAAAAAAACCAAAUUUGUUUUAUAUAUAUGAGAAAUAAAAAAUAUUAUAUUUGCA